AUGCCAUGCGCUGUUUGGUUGUCUGUUGGGGGUCAAUACGUUCUGGCACUGGGCAUGAUGGAGAGCGACGACGAACAGGUCGUUGGGCUGUUCACCUACGCCAAGCAGCACUUCCAACACGUCGCUCGAAAGCGACAUUCCCAGGGUUGGCUGGCAGAAGCCUUCGACAGCAACGUCAAAAAAAGCAUCAGACAAGCUCUGACUGCAGCGGAGAUCACCGCGGGCUUCCGGCUCUUCUCAGAAGCAGGUGUGCAAUCAGUGGGGCUCGGUAGCAACAAGCAGACUUGUGAUCGGGCGGGACACCUGGCGAUGGCCAUAAGCUUGGCAUUGCGCCGCCAGCUUCAAGUAGGUGCUGGCAUGUUCCGACUGCGAGAGCUUGUCCUCAAGGCGUCCUGCUUCUCCGAAGAGGGGCCUGUCAGGUCUGAUCCUACAAGUUUUCUGACUCCAGAGCCACUGAAACCUACAACUGCUGGUACCUUUGGAGCUCUGGACAGCUCGGUGAAGGCUGAGCCCGAGCCCAACUGGGAGCGCUCACCCAGCUUGCAGCCCGAGCCUGAGCCCAUGAAGGUUUCCGGCAGGCCGCUUCGCAGGGUGAAGCGCAGGAAGGCCAAGCACCGUCCUCUGAAGCUGACAUCGGUCGGUCGUGGGGCUCCCGUGCGCUCUCCUUUGCCGCGGCGCAGCAGCUGCCAAAGGCCACGGCCCCGGCCCAGACCGGAGGUGAAGAAAAUGCCACGUAGGCCAAAGGAGGAACAGGACGAGUCCCGCCCCGAGAAGGUGCGCAUAAAGCGAGAAGAGGAGGAGUCUGUCGAAAAGAAGGUGCUGGUGAAACGGAUGCCCAGGAAGCCCGUCAAGGAAGAGAAGGCGUCCCCUUCGCCGACAAGAAAGAGAGCUCCGCUGCAAAGACGACCAGUGCAGGUCAAGCGGAUGCCUCGCAAGCCUGCGCCGACAGAAGAGAUGCACGAGGCGUUGGAAAAGGAUGCUGCUGCUGCACUCAAGGCUGUCGAGGACGCCGGCGAGUUGGUCGAGCAGUACAAGAAGGAGCUGAACUCCGCCCGUUUGGCAGCCGAGGGCAACCAACAGGACCUCCUGGUGAGAGUCGCGCAACAGGCUUACGACCUCGCCAUGAAGGACAAGCAGAGGGCUGCAAACAGCCUCCAGCAGACGAUGGAGAUGCUGAAGCAAGCGAAGCUGCAAGCGAAGCAGGCGCUCGAAGCCGAGGACGAAGCGGAUCCACCCACGGUUCCGGUGAAGGAGGAGAUUCCGGACCACAUUCGCAGCAGGCUCGAGCCCCAGCUGUCCAGAAGGGUCAUCCUCAAGGCGAGAAAGCGUCUUCGGAUGUACAGCGACGACGAGUUCUCGGUCGAUGCAUUUGCCAAGCGUCGCAGGAGGGCUUCACCGGAGAGGUGCUGUGCUCGCCAAAUAUAUCUGCUGAGGGAGGCACAGAGGAGCGCCAAUGAUUGGGAUCCGUCGUACCACAAUGCGGACAAGGUCCACAAGAAGUGGGGGCACUUGCUGCGGCUGGAGUCGCCGGACAGGCUCAUCUUUACCCACCAUCAGGUCUCCCAGACUUUCAGGAAUGGGCCUCACAAAGGACAGCGCCUGACGUGUUUGCUCUCGGAUCUGGAGAGAGGCAUCCUAGAAGCCGAGGGGCUCACAGCCCUCGUAGGCGUUCAGCAAGACGGCAAGCUGCACGUGAUGUGCGGAAAUCGUCGCCUGACGGUGCUGAAGCAGUACAUGAGGAAGCUGAGGGAGGUGGGCGACGAGACCAGAGCCGAUAGCCUGAGGGUGCCUGUGUACGUGCACAAGUUUGAGGACAUGCCGAAAGGCAUCCAAGCGAAGUUCAUAGAAGCCUCCUCAACGGUGGACGGCGCCCAGCCUGGCUUCUUCCCUCCGCGCGAUUCUCCGCGGGUGGUCCUUCCGCCGCAUCCACGAGGCGAUCAUGUUGGAAAUGCCCCUUGGAGGUGCGGCGGAAAAGGCGACCGGCUUGGCAAGGGUGACCCACGCGAGCGAGUGGGAAAAGGCUCAUCUGCCUAUAUGGCCGGAUCACCAUCACCACCGGCACGUGGGAGUCUAGGCGCCCACUUCGCCGCCCAAGCCACGCCGGCGGCGCAAGGAGACACCAGUAAGGAGGAGAAGGAGGAGGACGAGGAGGAGGAGGAGAGCGUUCGCGCAGGAUCGCGGAUGAAACUCUUCGAGGGCACCUGGCAAGACCGCGGCGGAUGCAUCUACCACAUUCUGCAGACUUCAGGCCGAUACGUCGUGGACAAGUACUCCUACGACAGUCUUGGCAGACCUGUGCGGGCCAACUAUGGUCUCAGCUUCAGGGACGGCCGUGUCUGGUGGGGGGUCCAGCGGUACUGGGCACGCUGGGACGGCGACUUCAUCUGCUGGUACGACUCACACCACCGAGACUCCCUGGCUUUUUCGUGGAAGCGGGUGGCAGACCUCGACAGCACAACACUUAAAUCUCCCUGA